CACAUGGAAAUGAGCGGUGAACAGGUGGUUCGAGUAAUGAUGGAGCGACUUCAAUCUCGACUUGAGAAUAUUUUCAGUCGGCAACCUCUGGACCUAGACUAUUUACAGUUCAUAUGCACACAGGAGAUGGUGUUGUUCAGUGCAUUUUCUGACCAGAUUUCUCUUCCUGAGAGUAUUAUGGAUGGUCUCGCAGAGCUGUACAGAUUAGUAACUGAGGAAAAAUCAAAUCAAGUCGUGGAAGUGUUAAUUCAAGUAACUCAUGGAGCAGCUGGACGUCCACGCUUUGAUGUGUCGCAAGAUUACCUGCUGCAUCUACUCCAUCAAGGUCUCCCUGUGUCAUGCAUUGCCAGUCUUCUCGGAGUGUCUAGGCGGACAGUGUACAGACGAAUGGCAGAUUUAAACAUCACAGUUAGAGGUCUAUACAGUACUUUAUCAGACUCAGAACUUGAUAACCUUGUUGGUGAAAUCAAAGAAAGCAUGCCACAUGCAGGUUAUCGGCUUGUUAAGGGGAGUUUGCAAGCCAGAGGACAUCGGGUUCAGUGGGAGAGAGUUAAGGCCUCAAUGCAUCGUGUUGACACCAUGGGUAUCCUUUCUCGUUUGAACAUGCUAGGGUGUGUUGUGCGGCGCAAAUACUCUGUUGCUGGACCGAAAGCACUUGUACACAUUGAUACGAACCACAAACUGAUCCGGUGAGUGAGUGUCUAUCUGUCUGUCUGUCUUUAUAUCUUUCUGUCUGUUUCAAUCAGUCUAUCUCAAACUUUUCAAUGUAGGUGAUUUUGUUGUCUCAAAGAAAUGCUUAAUUCUAACAUGAGUUGUCUAUUGAAUAUCUA